AUGGCAAACGCUCAAUUCACCCUCGAUCUCGCCGUCGAUCGGGACGAUGGCGACGCCGCCUACAAGACCAUGAUCGAAGAUAUACGGCGGCGACUCACAGCGGAAUGGAUUGCGGGUGUUCGGGUCCUGACUCCCCAAGUCCCCGGGCGGCAGCAGUUCUUCGACGUGAACCUGUCGUACAAGAACAAACCGGACGAGCCGACUCACACCGUCCGGGCACGAUUCCGCACCGACAACCUCUACAUGGUCGGUUAUUUCACAAACCCCAAUACCUGGCACGGACUGGAGGGAGGCGAGAACUACAGCGACUUGACGUCAAACGCACGCAUGAGAUUGGAGAAUAUUUCGCUAAGCGCCGGCGACAUCGGUUCUGCGAUUACCAUUCUGGGGAGCGGCGUGACCCAUCCGGGCCAGAAAGCGCGUGCCACGCUGACGUUGAUCUUUGCCAUGUCGGAAGCUUCCAGGUUCCGGGACAUUUCCGACCUCGUUGUCGACUCAUGGUGGACUGGAUCGAGUCUGGGCCUGACGAAUGCCAAUCGGGCUGUGAAAUGGUCGAAACUGUGCCGCGCGGUACAGGACACGGAGAUCAAGAAGUACGCCUUCGAUUUCGAUGGCGAGUCGUCGGGCAUCACGGAUUUCAAAAGCGCUACCCGCUCCCUUGGUAUCAUGUUGAAGACGGAGUAG